UCAAGCAUCACCCACAUUGCCUUUCACUUCUGAUCUAGAUCACGACGAGCGGACGGUGGUCGUCGUCGCCUCCUAUGAAUUUAUAAUCAAAAGAAGAUGGAUAUGUUGGCUCUUCGUCUGAGUUUCUAUCUCGUCGUGUGCAUGUUGGAAGUGGCUCAUGGGAGCGAUUGUAUGCCUAAAGAUGGAUGUCCUAUUAUGAUCACUCCCUCCCGAAUAGUUGUGCAGUACGGAUCUCCAUUAUAUGCAAACUGUUCGAGUUGUGUAAAUGGCUCUUGUAAGGAGACUAAAUGGGAGACCCCCACGGGAUCAUUUGAAAGGCUUAUUAACUCGAUUAACGGAAUCAACAAGACGAUAUCACGGUGGAAUGUGGACAACGCCACAGAAUGGGACAUGAGGCCCAUUUGCUACGAGUUGAACAAUGCAAACUGUUGCACUGUUCAAGCUGUCACCUUAUACAAACCUCCUGACAACGUAUCCAUCAGCUUUGUAAACCACACUGGCCCACUGCUUGAAGGACAUCAGUACAACCUCCAGUGCCGUGUCCAGAACGUUGCUCCUAUCCAGAACCUCGCCGUGACCUUCUACAAAGGAGACACUAUCCUGGACUCGGUACAGCCCAACAGGACCUCUGAGAAUACAACGGUGACAGAGACGUUCACCAGCUUCAGCUUCAACUCCAGCAGAGGGGAUGAUGGGGUCCAGUACUGGUGUGAAGCCAAGCUGAACCUGGGACAACAAGAUCCACCUCCUGUAACAAUGUCAGAACGCCUAACAACCACUGUGUACUUCAAACCUAAGACGGGGCAGGGGUCUUCGCCAGAUCCUAUUUCCAUCGCAGUAGGGGAACCUUUCCAGUUGAACUGCACAGCCCAUUCCAACCCCAGUCCAGCCUACAGUUGGACCGGUCCUGACAACACCACAGUCGGCAACGGCAGUGAUUUCGCCGUGCGGUCGGCUGGUUUUGAACACGAGGGCCUGUACGUUUGUGACGCCCGCAACAGCCAGGGAAGCACAACUGUGACGUUCAACGUGGAUGUCCGCGUUGGCUGGUUGCAUAUCACCGCAGUCGUGUCAGUGCUGUUGGGGGUCAUCUGCAUGGUCGUUGGUGGGUUUGUCCACUCCGAAUGAUUGAUGAAUCAGUCAUUCCAAGGUUGGAAUGACUGAUUCCAACUUUGGAAGUAUUUACUAAGAGGCAAUGAGCUUUUGGUUGUGGCCCAAUAGCUGCCAACUGCCAUUCCUGGAAUGAAAUGAAGAAUGUACUGUUGAUCCUCCCAUCUGAGUAUGUAUAUCAUACUCAUUGCUGUCGUCCUUGGUGGUCUGGUAUCCAUGACUAUUCAUAGGGGUUGGCUAUUGUAAUUAAUAGGGUAUGGGAAAAAUAAUCAAUUCUUCGAUGCAUCGCGAUUCUCUCUAGAACGAUUCCGUCUCGAUGCAGAUAAAUUAAUAAUCAGAAUAAAAAAUAAAUAAUAAUAAUAAUAAUUUGUUCGCCUACUGCAACAUUCUGUUCGCCAGAGAGGGAUAAUUUUAGUAAUUUUUAAAUGAUUUAAUUUAUCUUCAGUGUGUAUUGGCCAAUCUGAUUUGUCUUGACACGAUUGCGAAUCAGCCUACGCAUAGCAUGCACGCAAACUCACAGCAAGACACAGGAACUCCUACUAAUUCCUGCUUAUUCUUUAAUGACAUAGAAAAGAAAGAUUAGAAAGAAAAGAAAACUGAAACCUAUUUUUUUUUUACAUACUCCCAUAUUGUGUUGUAAUGCAAGCUGCAUUGAUUAUUGCAUUGUUCAUAGAAAGUCAUGUGUGACAAAAGCUUUUUCUCUAAUAAAAUAUUAGAUAAGUUAAAUCAUCUGUUGAUGUCUUUAAUGAUCAUCACAAGAGUAGAAAGUGAUUAGCAAACUCUGAGUAGCAAACACAGAUUUGCUACUGUGAUUUUCAAUAUAUAUUUUUGAAAAUUCACGCAUGGAAUGUACAUAAAAUAAAUUGUUGCACCGAUAAUCGUUUUAGAAUCGAAUCGUUGACCUCAUAAUCGGAAUCGAAUCGUGAGGUGCCAAGAGAUUCCUAAGCCUUGUAAUUAACAAUAAUUUCGUACAGGCCGGACUUUCUUGACACUAUUUUUAUAUGAUGAUUAGGGGUGAUUUUUUAUAAGAAAUUGCUUUCCUGCUGUACGAUUGAAUCAACUUUUAUUAAAAACUUUUCUGCUUAAAAA